ACCUCGAGUGUUACUUAUUCUCUUGAACGAUCGUCCUUUGUGUUUGGUCGCCUUUCUCUCUGACAAUCACUCGAACUUCAGAAAAAAGAAAGCCUGAUAUACCCUUUAGACUAUAGAACAUGGCUUCUCAACGACCUUCAGCUCUUGUGGUUUGUCUCGGGAACAUCUGUCGUUCUCCCAUGGGAGGGGCCGUUUUGAGCCAUGUUGCCAAAGAACGUGGUAUUGAUAUGGUGGUAGAUUCAGCUGGAACUGCCGCGUACCAUGUAGGAGAAGAGCCAGAUGACCGAACGGUGGCAACAUGUCGUAAAUAUGAGGUUCAUAUAGAUCACCAAGCCCGCCAGGUUACAACGGAAGAUUUCCGCAUAUUUACGCAUAUCCUCGCCUCAGACGAGGCCAACCUGCGAAAUCUCCAGCGAAUGAGACCUCGCAAUGCUACGGCAGAGGUACGAUUGUUCGGGUCUUACGAUGACAACAGGCAGAUUGGCGAUCCUUACUACGGUGGACUUCGAGGAUUUGAGGAAUGCUACCGUCAAUGUGUCAGAUAUUCGAAUGCUUUCCUUGAUGAGGUCGUGGGAAAGACUUUAGUUGAAUCUUCCGACACUGCAAAUCUCUAAUACGACUUGUAAAGGUACUGAGUAUGCCCCCAACUAGAGCAUACCGGACCUAUCUAUUGCGAUGUUUUCGAGAUUCUACUAUGCCGGCAAGCUCGUCAAUCAGGUCAUU